AUGGGCAAUUAUUUUAGAACUGUACCAAAAGGUCCAUUAGAAGAAACUUUAAUUAAUUUCCUUAAAACAAGAAAGCUAUAACACAUAAAUGAUGUAAUACUUAAAUUGAAACUAUUAGUGUAUAGAAAUGAUUAAUGAUUCAUAUCCAACUAAAAGUACUUUAAUAUUAGAUGAAUAUUUGGAUGUAUUUGGUGGAAUAUUAGAAGAAUGGACUGAAUAAGUGUUUCUAUUAUUGGAAAAUAAUUAAUCAUCUGCUGGAUAAGUAGAUAUUUAUGAAAGUUUAGCUGUUAUUGUAUGAAAUUAUAAUAUCUAAUAGAUUGUAUUUUGUGGAGAAGAGUUUAAUACUAAAUUAGAGUUCAUAUAUAAAAUGUUUGAUUUUGAUUAAUCUGGUGAAAUUGAAAAAAAAGAACUUAUUAUGACUUUAUAAGCAAGUAUAAGAGCAUUAUGUAAAAUUGCUAAAUUGUAACCUCCAGAACUUAAGGAUCUAGAAUAUUUUGCAGAAAAAAUGUUUAUUCAAUUAGAUUCAGAUAGAAGUGCAUCAAUAUCAUUUCAUGAAUUUAGUAUAUGGCUUUUAAAUUCAUGGGAAUUAUAAGAUUUUAUGUUAUAAUAUGCAUUAAUAUAAACCUUUGAAAAUGCUGAUAGAAGAGCAAAGGAAAAAAGAAUCUUCUUUUAAAAACUAUAUGAAUCUGCAGCAGGAGGAACAGAUUAAUAAUAUUGUGAUGCUGAUUCUAUAAAAACAUUAUUUCUAACAGAACUUAAAGAAUAAAAGAAGGAUACUAUAGAAUUACUUAUUGAUAUUUUAAUUUAAUCAACUAAAAUACAUUAAAAACAUGAUGAUUAAAAUCAAUAAUAUCCUAAUGGUAUUUUAAAGGAAGCUUAUGAAGAUAUUAUGGCUGCAUGGAGUGCUUUUGAUGCAUCUGAUAUAAAUUCUGAUAAUUAAACAUCAAUUUAAGAAUUAAAGUUCUUAUUAUAUGCUUAUGAAGGAGAUAAGCCUGAUUUAUUUAGAAUAAAAGAAGAAAUGAAAAUAUUGGAUAAAGAUAAUUCAGGAUAUGUAUCAAGAGAAGAAUGGAUUCAAUAUUUAUGUGUUGAAGAUAAGGGAAAAUUCUAAUUUAGAGGAAAUCUCAAAUAACUUUUUAAUAAAUAUGACAAAGAUAAUAGUGGAGCACUUAGUAUUCCAGAAAUAAAAUAAUUAUUAACAGAUAGUAUGAAAGAUAUGUAGACUAAAUUUAAAGUAUUAAUAAAUAAAUUAAUUGAAUAGUUAAAAGGAUAAAAUGAACACUUUGAAGAAAUGGUUGAUUAGCUUGCACAAGAAGUAGUUGAUGAUUUAAAUUCAGAAAAUGAUAAAUAAUCUAAUGAUAAAACUGUAUUAAUAUACUAUAAUAAUUAAAAUAGUUAACUUGGAUAGAAUUUAAAAAUUACAUGGAUUAAGCUGUUCUUAAAUUAAAUAAAUUAAAGGAUUUUUUAAAAUCUAUUUGA